CCUUUCAACAAAAACAAUUGUGGAAAUUUAUUCAAGAUACACACGAAUCUUUGAACGAAUGUUAGGAGAACUAGAAUUAUUAGUAUCAAGGGACUAAAUAUUUAAAACAGAAUGAUGUAAAGGCACAGAAAAUCAGGAAUUUAAAGCUUCGGCUGGAGAAGAAAUAAUACAAUUUCUUCUUGUACGCGGCCGUGAGAGGAAGUCCUUUCUAUUUAAACUAAAGAUGGAACACAUCGCGGAUGAUCCUUCGAUCAUGCGAAAUCAAAUAAGUCGUGAUAAUUUACCGUAUCCUACACACGGCUGGUGCAAAGGGUAUUUGCAAGCGAACAUAUCAAUCGUUCCCUCUUCUGUGGCUGAUGACUUCGAAAGAUUCUGUGAAUUGAAUCCUAGCGCUUGUCCACUUCUGUAUCGCAGUUAUGAGGGAGAAAUAUCAGCACCACCAUUGGCAGAUCAUUCGGAUAUCAGAACGCAAGUUGGAAAAUAUUGGUAUAUAAAGAAUGGAGAAUUACAAAAGGAAGUCAGCAAUCUGUAUCCAUUUGCAUUGUCUGAGAUGGUCACAUUUUACCUUGGUUGUAGCUUUGGUAUGGAAGAUGCUCUAGAAGCUGCUGGAGUUAAACUACCAAAGAAUGUUGUAAACGUUUCAAUGUUUGUUACAAACAUAGCAUGUCAUCAAUCUGGACCUUUUUUUGCCAACAUGGUUGUCUCCAUGAGAUCAGUUCCUAUUGAUUUGUUGGAGGAAGUAUACAGAGCUACAUACACUUUGGAUUGUUGCCAUGGUGCUCCGGUGCACAUUGGGGAUCCUACCUUGAUUGGUAUUAGUGACAUAUAUGAUGUGGAUUUUGGAGUGCCGACAGUUAUUAAAGAGGAUGAAAUACCAGUGUUUUUUGCUUGUGGUGUUACUGGCAACAAAGCAUUACAGUCAGCUCGGCUUCCAGUAUGUUUAACGCAUUCACCAGGUCAUAUGUUUAUUUGCGAUAAGAAGACAGAAGAGUUUCAACAAUCACAGCCAUCGCCCUAUGAACAUCUUGUUCCUCGUGUCGUACAAAUCAAUUUUACUCCUGCAAGAUUUUCAGUGGCUUCAAAAGAAACACUGCGCAAAAUCAAAAAGUUGGAGAAUUUGCUUCUUAUUGAUAUUGGUGAUCGCGGUGUCCAUUUUUUAGCCAUCCGAAAAAGUCUUUUAAAGAGUUUACUGCAGUUGUACCAAUCAUCUUCUGUUGGCAUUACGUUUGGAUUCCCAGUUUUUGGUGACGAGAUGCCUGACGAUCUUAAUGAAAAACUGGAGCAUUCAGUUGAAGAGACAGAUGGAAUUCCUGGGGCAAUUGAUAUUGCGAAAGCCCUUUUAGCUUUGAAUAAGAAUGUUAGCUUUAUUAUAGAUAAAAGAAAUGAAAGUUUGAUGCGGACUGUUAUUGACAGUUGUUUGUUUACACAUUGUUUACCCAAAAGUGUCCCCAUAUUGGUGUAUGAGCGAACUGCUGACAGGAAAUCUACUGCUGUAAAAUUUCUCUACCCUAAUGGACGAAGUGAGAAACCGCGUUUUGAUCAUCUCGUAGCCAUAGAGCGCACUGCACCUAAUAAACACGGUAAUUACUGCAGUAUGAAAGCCGAAGUUUUGAGGGAAGAUUUGAUUGCACCCAUUGAAGAUAUUUUCUUAGAAGCUGAUAAAGAUGACAGAAUUUCGACCACUUGUAUUGGUGAUGGUGGUAAUGAAAUAGGCAUGGGCAAAGUUUACGAAUCUGUUUGUUCAAACAUCAGACAUGAUGAAAAAAUUGCGUCCGUUAUAUCAUGUGACUAUCUCAUUGCCUGCGGUGUCUCCAACUGGGGUGGUCAUGCGCUUGCUGUUGGGCUGUACCUCCUGUCCAACUGUCCAAUUCAUGAUAGAUAUGUGCGUAGAGGAUUGGUACGAGUGACACCACAGAAAACGAGAGAAGAUUUUUUAAACAGCAUAAAACAGAAGGAAAAGGUGUUGGAAGUCCUAGUGGAUGAAGGUGUUCGUGAUGGAGUUACAGGAAUCUCUGAGCUUUCUGUCGAUGGCUUCCAUUUGUAUCCAUACCACGAGCAACAUUUUGAAUAUAUGACUAAUCUAAUAGACGAUUGAUCGCCUCUCUGAAAAGAAUUGCUUUCAGUAUGAUGUGAUGUACUGGGGGGUUCCGACUGCUUUGCUCAGUGUUUUCAAAAUAGUGUGAUGAGCCGAUGGGCUUCUUUUCAAGGCAAGUGUAUGAAUAAGAUAACUAUAGUUUGGUCUGGUUAGGAAAAUUUUGAUAUAUUAAAGUAAAAUUUCAUAUUAGUGUGAACUAGAAAAUACCUAGAAUGAACUAGAAAAUAACUUUUGGUUUGUCGAAAAACAUUCUUUAAUUUAAUUUUGCAAUAAUGAAGUACAAAUUAAUCUCUUUUCAUAUAAUAAUACCUUUAUCUAAACAUUAUUGAA